UUAUAAAAGCGGUUUGGUAACUUCGUGCCUGGAAACGUGACCGUGAACGCAGCAGCAGCAGCAGAAACAGAGACGCGGAGGCAGCUCUUCCAGUCGGACUGGAGUUUUAUUGUUUUAUUGUUAACUUAUGCUCCUCUGUUAACUAAACUAUAAUGUCAGCCUCUCGUACGGUUAUAUGUUUGCUAAGAAACGACCUGCGUCUUCACGACAAUGAGCUCUUCCACUGGGCUCAGAGAAAUGCUGAACACAUAGUCCCGCUGUACUGCUUUGACCCGAGACAUUAUGCGGGAACGUACAACUUCAACCUGCCAAAGACCGGGCCUUUCCGUCUGCGCUUCCUGCUGGAGAGCGUCCGAGACCUCAGAAACACGCUGCUCAACACGGGCAGCAAUCUGGUGGUGAGGAAGGGUAAGCCGGAGGAGGUGGUCGCUGACCUCAUCAAGCAGCUCGGCUCCGUUAGCAGCGUGGCUUUCCAUGAAGAGGUUGCUUCGGAAGAGCUGAACGUGGAGAAAAAGGUGAAGGAAGUCUGUGCUCAGCUGAAGGUGAAAGUUCACACCUGCUGGGGCUCCACACUGUACCACAUGGAAGAUCUGCCAUUUCACCAAAUAUCCAGGCUGCCUGAUGUGUACACGGAGUUCAGAAAAGCAGUGGAAAGCCAGAGCAGGGUGAGGCCUGUGCUUCCAACCCCUGAGAGGCUGAAUCCCCUCCCCCCAGGGUUGGAUGAAGGAGCUAUUCCCACAGCAGAGGACCUGCAGCAGACUGAGCCUGUGAGUGAUCCUCGCUCAGCUUUCCCUUGCACUGGUGGAGAAAGUAGUGCCCUUGCAAGACUCAAACACUAUUUCUGGGACACUGAUGCAGUGGCGACUUACAAAGAAACUCGUAACGGCUUGAUCGGGGUGGAUUACUCCACAAAAUUUUCACCAUGGUUGGCUUUGGGAUGCAUUUCUCCAAGGUAUAUUUACCAUCAGAUCAAAACGUAUGAGAGGGAGCGGACAGCCAAUCAGAGCACCUACUGGGUCAUUUUUGAGCUGUUGUGGAGGGAUUACUUCAAGUUUGUGGGCAUUAAGUAUGGAAACAAAAUGUUUCAGGUCAAAGGGCUUCAAGGAAAGUCUGUUCCAUGGAAGAUGGACAUAAAGCUGUUUGACGCAUGGAAAGAGGGACGCACAGGGGUGCCUUUCGUGGACGCCAACAUGAGAGAGCUGGCGCUGACAGGCUUCAUGUCCAACAGAGGGCGUCAAAACGUCGCAAGCUUCCUCACAAAGGAUCUGGGCCUUGACUGGAGACAGGGAGCUGAGUGGUUUGAGUAUCUGCUCAUUGAUCAUGAUGUCUGCAGCAACUAUGGAAACUGGCUUUACAGCGCAGGUAUAGGAAAUGACCCAAGAGAGAACAGGAAGUUCAACAUGAUCAAACAAGCCCUUGACUACGACAUCAACGGGGAGUACGUGCGACGGUGGGUCCCAGAGCUGGGCGGCAUCAGAGGGGCAGACGUGCACACGCCCUGGAACCUGAGCUCAGCUGCACUGUCGCACGCUGGCGUGUCGCUCGGUGACACUUACCCAACCCCCGUGGUCACUGCGCCUGAAUGGAGCCGACACUUUAGCAAGAAACCAAGCGGCGCAGGACCAUCAGCAAAAGGAAAGAGAGGCCCAACUCACACUCCCAAACAGCAUCGAGACAGAGGCAUCGACUUCUAUUCCUCUAGGAGUAAAAACCUGUGAGAUUCGUCACUGCAGAGGAUGGAUGCUCCUGGGAUCUAAAUGCUGAUUCUGUGAUGCACAUGCUGUAAAUGUUUACAGAGUUAAUAAGGGAAGUUGUCACAAGAGAGUUUGCCUGUUUCUUUGCUACUGAAAGCUGAACUGAUAUUACAGUGCCUGGCAAAACUAUUCACACCCCUCUAGCCUUUUCACAUCAUUGUAUUUUAUGUGGCGUGCCUACAUAAAGUAGUGUAUAAUUGUGAAAUAUAUUUGUAUUUAGCAUUCUCUACAGCAACAUCUCUAACAUGUCUGGUGCAAUUACCUUCAAUUUCCCAAGAUUUCAACAUUUUACAGGGCACUGUCAAAUUUGAAACCUACCAAGACAUGGCUGUCCACCUAAACUGACAAACCUGAGGAGGAGAGAAUUAAUCAGAAAACCAGCAAAAUGUCUAUGGUAGCUCUGGAGGAGCUGCAGUAAAACACACCUCAGGUGGCAGAAGUUGUUGACAGGACAACUAUUAGUCAUUCACCCCACAAAUCUGGUCUUUAUGGAAGAGUUGUAAGAAGAAAGCUACGGCUAAAAGAAUGCCAAAAGAUUAAAUGUGGAGGAAAACUCACAGUGCACAUCACCCUGAAAACACCGUCUUCAUGGUGGAACAUAGUGGUGGCAGAAUCAUGCUGUGGGGAUGCUUUUCUACAGCAAGAAGUUUGUAAUUGGAAAAUUGAUGUAGCCAAAUAAGGGCAAUGGUUGCAAACAACCUGUUGGACGCUGCAAAAGACUUGGGUCGGAAGUUCAACUUCCAGACACUGACCCCAAACAAACAGCCAGAAUAACAAUAGAAGGGUUUAGAUCAAAGCAAAUGCAUACAUUAGAACGGCCAAGUCAAAGUCCAGAUUAAAAUCCAAUCCAGAAAAUUAGGGAUAUAACUUCAAAAGUAGAUGUGCACAGAUGCUCUCCACCCAGUCUGACUGAGCUUCAACAACUUUGCAAAGCAGAAUGGGUAAAACUUUUUUUGUCUUUAGUUGUGCUGAAUGAAAAUGCACGCCACACUUUUCAGAUUUGUAUUAAGUACAUUGAAAACUAUCAUUUUCUUUUCCUCUAACAAUUGCAUGCUACUAUGUGCUCGUCUUAACACAUGAAAUACAUAGACGUUAAUGGCUGCAAUGUGACAGAGUGAAAUAGUUCAAGGGACAUGACUACAUUUACAUCUGUCUCAUGUUGCACCUUUCAUCGAAUCUCUGCAGCAGCUGAACACCUGCGAGAAAUGUUUCUUUCCUACUUUUUUUCCUCUCGUCAUCGUGCCUGUUACAGCCAGGAGAACAUGCAAUAUGGUUGCUUUUUGCUACAAGACUGUUCGAUGUUGCAAUAUCUUUAUUUGAAUAAACGUGGAUAAUAAAGUUGGGACUUUUUAAAGAACA